GUGUACAGGUAACCGAAACCAACCUGACCAGCUUCAUAAGUCAAACAUCCACAUCCACGAACAACUACCAGUACAAAAUACCACUCACACUCUCGCACCGUGUUUGCUGCUGCCAUCCACUUCCACCAGUCCACACAGACACACGCGACGAGUACGUAGAUACACCGCGACUAAUAAUAAUACAUUCGUGCGGAAGGCAAAGUAUAAGCAACGUUCGAGCUAACCAUUGCUUCUCUUCUCAACCAGAGUCGAAAGAACAUGCGAACGUGGUAGUCAGUGUCGAGUCGACUUUUUUCAUUAAACUCAAUUUUUCGUUGUUUAUUUUUUCGUGUUCGUGUGGUGAUAAAAAAAAAUCAUCCUCAAUGUGAUCCAGUGAUCUUGUGCUAGUUGCUAAGUUCGGUACUGUCCAUCGUAUGUACCUUCCGCUAUCAUCAGCUGAUCUGCUUCCGUUCGCUGUAAGAUGGAUAUGAAUGAAUCUGCGCCCAAAAUUUCCUAUACAAAUGGCCAAGGUCGUCGGAAAAUUUCGUCUUGCCGGAUGCAGACUUAGAACUGGCAUGCAUUUAAUGGAAUCGAGACCAAUCCGCCGGGCACUAUGUUUUCUUUUACUAUGGGGAAUCAUCGUGAUCGCAAUACUGCAAUUCCGCAAAUACCCAACUCUAGAGAAUCUCUACCUAUACCCGGAGAGCAACGUCGUAUACUACAAAUACCGAGACAAACGAGGUUUCAAGAAAGAAAUCGAGUCACCCAAACUCCUCCUCCAGGACUACCGCACCCUCGAGCCUCAAACCGAUAAAAACUCUCAAUACUCCGAAGACGAUAUAAUCCGCGAUAUUCAAAACGUCCUUCCAAAUUUACCAGUCUCGUACUGGAAUAAAAAUAAAAACAAAGCUAUCUACUAUAAAAACGACACUUGCGCUAAAUUUCCCAGUAUUUACGAUAUAGAAUUCAAUAACCUAUACUGGCAAUCUUUGCACAGCUCGAAUGGCACAUUUCACCUCUACGGAGCUUAUUACGAUAUCCGAAAAUUAAGUCGAAUCGGCCCGGCGGUCCGAAUCCUAGGUAUGAUUAAUCGUAUCGAACCUACCAUCAAAACAUAUUGCCAGUUUUGGUUCUCCAAUCACAAAGAGCCAGUUGUAGUCAAGAGCAUGGAAUACAAAUACAUCUGGUAUAAAAAAUGGGGUAAUUAUAAACAAGGUGUAUUUCAACCGUACUUGAUCGCCUGCCAAAUACCGAAAUCGUUCCAUCAUCUGGUCCCAGUCUCGGUAUCGUUGGUUGAAAAAAUCUGCGAUACUGCUACCAAUAAUUUGAGAGUAGUUUACAACAAGGUUGAUAAAAAGAAAGGAUUCGCUGUCUGCGUCAAAGGUCUAGAUUUCCUCUACAGUGAUUUAUCCGUCAGACUAAUCGAGUGGAUCGAAUUACUACACUUGUUGGGCGCCGAUAAAAUAUUCUUUUACCAAUUACACAUCCAUAAAAAUGUAACCAAGGUGUUGGAGUAUUACGAGAAACAAGGCAAAGUCGAAGUCACACCCAUCACUCUACCUGCCGGUCAACCAAACAUACCAGGUUUCCAGCAUCUCUACUUGACCAAAAAAGUAAACCAUAAACGUCAAAAUGAACUAAUACCCUAUAACGACUGCCUCUACAAGAAUAUGUACAGAUACGAGUAUAUAGUCUUACUCGACAUAGACGAAGUAAUAAUGCCUAUAAAAGUAUCCAACUGGAAAGACCUAAUGAACUCGGUCUUGAAAAAAGCCCUACACGAGAAAAACGAAACCAGAGCUUCGUACAAUGUACGAAACGUAUACUUUUUAGACGACUUUAUCCAUUCUCACGGUUGGUUCGAAGAUGUACCACCGUACAUGCAUAUGUUACAGCAUGUUUACAGGAGUAAGAAUUUCACCAAACCGAACCAGUACAUAAAGUGUUUCCAUAACCCCGAAAGAGCUCUAACUCUUCAUAACCAUUUUCCUCUGGCUUGCCUUAGCCAAGGAUGUACUUCGUAUUCCAUCGAUACGGCCGAUGCUCAAUUACAGCAUUAUAGAGCAGAUUGUGUGAAAACAUUGAAGAAAUCGUGCGACGAUUUUAAGCAUAACAGUGUAAUCGAUACGACCAUUUGGAGGUAUAAAGAACCUCUGGUUAAUCGCACCUUGCAAACGUUACAAGUAUUAGGAUUCUUUGAUAAAGCUAGAUAGAUUUAUAGCUUUCCUGUAGCCCUUUUUAAAAAUAUUUUACCUACCUGUGUACAGUAUUAGUUUAUUUUUUUCCCUCCCCCUCCCUCUCCCUCAUUCCUGUGCAUAUAUGUAUUUCAUUUUACUACAUAUCGAUACGUGUGUAAAAAUCAAUUUAUAUAUUUAAGACGAUGUGUAUUGUGUAUGUCUUACAAUCAUGUUAUGUUUUCCUAAAUACACGGUUUUAAAUACGCGUG